AAAGCGAGGAAGAAAUCAGUGAGAAGAAUUUAUACAAAUAAAAAAGAAACAUUAGAAAACUAUUGUGUGAGCAAAGUGAUCUUGUGUGUUUGUGUGAAAAACGAGAAAGAGCCACAGAAAAAUAGCCAACAAUAUCAAAUCAAAGUAAAACAUACUACAUUCAGAAAGUGCACUAAAAGUGAUGGCCACCCUAUCCACACAUGCCAAUUAUGGCUUUCAUUUAGGCCAGGGUCUGGACUUGCCCACACCCGGCGACUAUAUGUCACAGGCCGCCGGCGGCGGAGGCGCCCAACUGAGCCCCAGCGAUAUGGAUAUCAAGCGAGUGCUGCACUAUUCACAGAUUUCGGCAGCCAUGGGCGGCUCACCGGUCGGUGGUCAUGCGGCGAGCAACGGAAAUCCCAGUAUGGGCACUGCAAGCAUGGGUCACCACAUGGCCCAGAGCGCUGCCCUGAGUCACAUGCAUACGGUGGCGGGCCAGCAGACACUUUCGCCCAACAGCUCCAUCGGAUCCGCUGGCAGUUUGGGAAGUCAGAGCUCGUUGGGUUCGGCGGGACUCGGCGGCGGCCCACAUGCCGGCCUUUCACAUGGCGGCGGCGGUUCUCUGAGCAAUGGUGGCGCCAAUAUGCACAGCCUGGCCACUUCACCGGGACAGGAGGGACACAUCAAGCGACCGAUGAACGCUUUCAUGGUCUGGUCUCGUCUGCAGCGUCGCCAGAUUGCCAAAGAUAAUCCCAAGAUGCAUAACUCUGAGAUAUCAAAGCGAUUGGGUGCCGAAUGGAAAUUGCUAGCUGAGUCGGAGAAGCGUCCGUUCAUUGAUGAGGCGAAACGCCUGCGCGCCCUCCACAUGAAGGAACAUCCAGAUUACAAGUAUCGGCCACGUCGCAAGCCCAAGAAUCCACUGGCUGCCGGACCCCAAGGCGCUCUCCAAUUGCAGGGCAACGGACAACAGAAAUUAGGCGGUAAUGGUGCUGGCGGCCCUGGAUCUUACAAUCCCUUCCAUCAGCUGCCACCCUACUUUGCGCCCUCACAUCACUUAGAUCAGCCCUAUCCAGUGCCCUACUUUGGAGGCUUCGAUCCGCUUGCCCUCUCGAAACUGCAUCAGACACAGGCAGCUGCAGCAGCGGCGGCCAACAACCAGUCGCACAAAGUGCUGGAGGCCCAACAAGCACCACAAUUGCCACCGACCACCCUGAGCAGUUUCUAUUCCGGCAUCUAUUCGGGCAUAUCAGCACCCUCGCUAUAUGCAGCACACUCUGCCAAUGCAGCGGCCGCUGGUCUUUACACAUCAUCGUCAACCUCGUCGCCGGGAUCCUCGCCAGGCACAAUAACGCCCAAUGGCAUGGAGGCCUCCAUGGACAGUGCGCUGAGGCGACCGGUUCCGGUUUUAUAUUAGGACGAUAGCUGGACAGCUAGCCUGAGCUAGCAGCUGAGCUAACAGCUAGCACAUCGGAGUAAAGUACAAUUUGCAUUGUUGUUGGAAGCGUUUAAGAGGUCGAACAUUUAGAAAAAAAAAGGCGGCCAGUUCUCAACCGACGCUUUCGAGACCCCUCCCAAAGUGAUCCACUGGUUUUAAAUCUUUAAGAAAGCUCUAAGUAAGCGAGACUACUCUAACCCUAAAUCUAACUCUAGUUCUCCCACUCUAUCAGCUCUAGUUCUCUAUUCCAACACGCUCGCUACAUUUUAGUACAAUCUAUGAAAAAACUAUAUUAACAAAAAGCAAGUUGAGGAAAAUUUCAUGAAAAAAGUACACAUUCCUAGCCAAUAAUUAAGCCAAUAAUGCUACAUAUAAAAUUUUAUUUAUUUGUCACUAAACGCAAACAAAAACAAAAAGGCAACCUAAUUGUAAAUUAAUUUUAUUUAGUUUUAAGUGCGCUCUAUUUGUUGUUUUUAUUGUUCCCAUUCCACUUUCCCAGCACACUCUCCUAGUUGCUGAAGCUGAGGCAAGAAAACCCCAAGAAAUCCCCAGAAUAUCAAUCUAAAAUUGUAAAUACCAAGCAAAUUCGUUUUAGCGCCGCUUCGGCAGCCUAUGCACAGAGAAAGAAAACAUAUUGUAUGUAUUAUUAAUUUUAUUAAACGUAAACAUAGUUCUAAGCGAAAUUAAAAUACUUAUUUAAAAGUGAAUAAAAUCAUGCGCUACAUCUUAUUAUGUAAAGCCGAAAA